AUGGAGACCAGCGGGAGCAGUGGCGGUGGCGAGGCUGUCAGCGAGCGCGGCGGCGGCGGCGGCGGCGUCCGCGCGUCCGCGGGGGUCUGCAGGAGGAAGGAGGCGGCCAGGGCCGGGACCAUCGCGGCAGACAUGGACUUGCAUUGUGAUUGUGCUGCCGACACUCCGGCCGCGGAACCGCCGUCGGGGAAGAUUAAUAAAGCUGCUUUCAAAUUAUUCAAGAAGAGGAAAUCAGGUGGCACCAUGCCCAGCAUAUUUGGGGUCAAAAACAAAGGGGAUGGGAAAGGCUCGGGUCCGACGGGAAUGGUGAGAAGCAGGACCCACGACGGAUUAGCUGAGGUGGUGGUGCUGGAGAGCAGCAAAAAGGAGGAGCCGCGCGGAGGGGGCGACAGUGGCGGCGGCGGGGGUGGUCAGAAUGGGGGUCGGCCGAACCCCGGUCCCCCCAGACCUGCCGUGACCAGCGUGGCCUCGCUGGCCAACAGCUCUGUGGCUAAGUCACACAGCUUCUUCUCUCUUUUGAAAAAGAAUGGGAGAUCCGAAAAUGGCAAAGGAGAUCAGGCAGAUGCAACCAAGGCGGGCGGCAAACAAAAGAGAGGACUGAAAGGGCUCUUCAGCAGUAUGCGCUGGCAUAAGAAGGACAAGCGGGGCAAGGAGGGGGAGAAGGACGAGCGCUCGGGGGGCCCGGGGAGCCUCAUUCUGCCCGGGUCGCUCACUGCCAGCUUGGAGUGCGUCAAGGAGGAAACGCCCAGACCCGCGUGUGAGCCGGAGGACCCCAGUAAGGACCCCCAGCGAGACUCUGCAGGUGAGCUCGGAGCGCGAGAGCCGGUGCUGGCCUCCGCGGAUAGCGCAGAAGUGCGGAACUGCCGAGAGGCCCAGAGCCCCGGGUUCCCUAAAGCCAAAAGCGCCCGGGGAGAGGACGCCGCGGGGCAUCUGUGCGCGGAGAAGCCCUGGGCACCCUCCGAGCUGGGUGCUGGGGAGGUCCAGACGGCGGAGGAUGCUUCCAGGACAGGUGACGUUCCGAUAAAGACUGUCCCCCUUGUGGACUCGGAAUGUGGCAGUGGCCGAGCGUCUGCCGUCCCAGACCUUUCCUCUGUUGAUCCACCCUCAGACCCAUCGGCUGAUCGUAUUUGUUUGAUGUUUUCUGACGUGACUUCACUGAAAAGCUUUGACUCUCUUACAGGCUGUGGAGAUAUUAUUGCAGACCAAGAGGAGGAGGCAGGUCCCAGCUGUGACAAGCAUGCCCCCGGGCCAGGAAAACCAGUUCUUUCUAAAAAGAACCCCACGGUGGUGGCCUACCAAGGAGGAGGGGAGGAGAUGGCAAGCCCCGAUGAGGUGGAUGACACCUAUCUCCAGGAAUUCUGGGACAUGCUUUCCCAGACCGAAGACCAAGGACAAAGGCCCCAAGAGCGAGAGGGUAAAGCAGCAGCAGCCCUGGAAACGAAGGUGGUACCCGACACCUCCAAAGACGCCAGGAGUGUGGAAGCAGCAAAAGACAAAUCCUCGGUGAAGUGCAGGAGGCUCAACCGUAUUCCCGUUGAGCUCCAGGCGAAGGAGGAGCCCAAGCACCCAGAGGAGCAGCAGGAAGGGGUCCCCAACAGUGACGAGGGAUACUGGGAUUCCACCACUCCAGGCCCAGAGGAAGAGGGUACGAGCGGCAGUAAAAAGGCCUCCAUCCCCCGGGAUAGCUACAGCGGCGAUGCUCUCUACGACCUCUACGCUGAUCCUGAUGCGUGCCCAGCAGCCCCUCCAGCCAGCGAGGAGACGUCCUCCCUGUCCCGGCUAAAGCCCGUAUCUCCAGUCACCAUCACCUGUCCUCUGAGAACCCCAGGCAGUUUGCUGAAGGACUCUAAAAUACCUAUAAGUAUCAAACAUCUUGCAAACCUUCCAGCUAGCCAUCCUGUAGCCCCCCAGCAACCAGCCAGGAGUGAGAUGCCCAGAACAAAAAUCCCUGUUUCCAAAGUGCUGGUUCGACGGGUGAGCAACCGGGGCUUGGCUGGCACCACCCUUAGGGCAGCUGCUUGCCAUGACAGUGCCAAAAAGUUGUGAGGUCUCUGAGGCCAAGGACCACGUGCCAAGGAAUACAACUUUCCCUGGAAACCACUAAAAUAAGUUACACUCCCCCUAAAAACAGGCUUUUAGAGCCUGGACUGAGGUGCGAGCAGGGGCAGGGUACAGGAGACAAGGGGAUGCUACACCAGGGAUUCACCUCCCAAGAUAAAUCCCUGAGAAUUAUUUGCAAGCACUUUUUUUUUCCUUUUAAAAAUCUGUUUUCUUUCUCUUUUCUUUAAUGCACUGAACAUUUGGAAGUCACCUUUACUUGCCUUUGCAGAAAACAGAAACUAACCAAACAGAAGUAAGCAUCUUGCUAUAUUUGGAUGUGCCAGGACCUAGAGGCCCUGGAGGAAUAUCGGAGAGAACCAGAGGAAUCCUCUUCAUUGACACUUUUCUUUCCUUCCUUCUUUUCCUUUUUCUUUCCAG